AGAUAGAAAGAGCCCGGACAGUGAGCAAUGACAGCGACGUGUUAGUCUCUUCUACUUAAUAUUUGCUUUUUAUGUCGCUAUAUUGACAUUUCAGAAACACGUACGAAACGGAGACUUAGUGGCGUUUUCCUCUGGAGACAUGUUAUGGACAGUGAGUAAGCUUUUUCCACACUGAGUGUAAUGUUAUGGACUGUGCAUUAAGUUAGCUCACUGGCUAGCUGAAUGGUGCUAGCUGGAUGCUGCCGCGUCUCAGAAGAAACCAGAGAUGACUUACUUACAGCGAGUUCUAUGGAUAAACAUCAAUUAAUGUGGGAUUUUAGACAGCUGCCAAACUACAGGUUCAUCUUUGAAAAGAUUCAAUCGUCCAACCAACUGUCAUGGAUAAUGUAAAUGCACGCAGCAAUGAUGAGGAUGAAGAGCUGCACUCCACAGACCCGGAGAGUAAAGAGAAGAGCAAAGAUAAAAAGACCUUGUGUAAAGUAAAGUGGUCCCGAGAUGAGGACGAAAAGCUGAAAAAACUUGUAGAGCAGCACGGAACUGACUCCUGGAAACUAAUAGCUAACUUUUUUCCAGGGAGGACAGAUGGCCAGUGUCAGCACCGCUGGCAGAAGGUGCUCAACCCAGAGCUGGUGAAAGGGCCCUGGACAAAAGAGGAGGAUCAAAAGGUUAUUGACUUGGUACACAAAUAUGGCCCCAAGCGUUGGUCAGUGAUCGCCAAGCACCUCCAGGGGAGGAUUGGAAAGCAGUGCCGUGAGCGGUGGCACAACCACCUUAACCCGGAGGUGAAGAAGUCUUCAUGGACUCAGGAAGAGGACCGGAUCAUCUAUGAGGCCCACAAACGCCUUGGCAACCGCUGGGCUGAGAUCUCCAAGCUUCUUCCUGGACGGACAGACAACUCCAUCAAGAACCACUGGAACUCCACCAUGAGGAGGAAGGUGGAGCAUGAGGGCUACCUGCAAGAUGGUUGCAAGAGUUUCUCCUCCUCUCACUCUGGAGGGAAGAGACGCCACCACAGAUCGUGUCCUCCGACUCCCACAGAGCCCCAGCACUGUGAUCGCAGUCCCCUGCCUAUACCAGGACCCAACCAGAUGGGGACCUAUCCGUAUGAUCCUCACAGUAGACACUUGAUGGACAGUCUUCCUGAUAAUUCUGGCUUUACACCACCAUCCUGCCUGGAUGAUCCUGACAGAGAGCAAAGAAUUAAGGAGCUUGAGCUGCUGCUUAUGUCAGCAGAGAAUGAAGUCCAACGACAAGCGCAGUGCAGAGGUCCACGUCCCCCUCAGAGUCUGGAGCAGUACUCGGCCUGGUCCGACAGUGUGUCUGAUUACACACUGACUACAAGUAGCAGCAGUCUAGAGGAGCAGGCGGAGAGAAGGUCCUGGAGGGGUCCUGAGAUCACCCAGGGACCUCCACCACAGCUUCCUGUCUCCCCCAGCAAGUUCCUGGCUGUAGAGGCCAGCACCGUGCUCUCUACUCUGCAGACCAUCCCAGAGUUUGCAGAAACCAUGGAGCUCAUUGACUCUGACCCUGUUGCAUGGAGUGACGUGGCCAGUUUUGACUUGUCAGAGGCGGCGACACCACCUAGGCACAACCAGGCCGGCUACGCCACUCUCCUGCAAGAGAGGACGAUUGACAAUUCAGUGGGCUACACCGCCAACACUCCGACUGCCGCUUCUAGUCGAGAUAAGAACUGUGCGUCAUUUGGUCUGGGCAGCGUCACCUCCCUGACUCCUAUCAACUCAUCCAAACCCACCCAGGCAUCCAUCGGAAGGAGGAGGAGAAGAGAGAGGGGGGAACCGUCUCCUUCCUGUGACAGGACCUGCUCCUCCUUCUUGGAAAAUAUCUCAAAUUCUCCCAAGAAAACGCCUACAAAGUCACUUCCCUUCACCCCGUCACGAUUCUGCAACAUAUCGGGGGCAGAGCAUCUGAAUCUGGAUAACCCCGCCCUCACAUCAACGCCUGUGUGUGGCCAAAGGUGUCUCCUGAACACGCCGCUCCACAAAGAAACCACACCUAAGCACCAGAAAGAGAAUGAUGGUUUGCGGACCCCCAAAUUUCGUAAAACUGUCAUGAUUCCAACCCCGAGGACUCCGACUCCCUUCAAAAAUGCUUUGGCUGCCCAGGAGAAAAUGCAUGGGCCCCUGAAGAUGGAGCCACAGCCAUUAGCCUUUCUAGAAGAAGACAUUCGAGAAGUUCUGAAGCUGGAGGCUGGAGCAGACAUCUUUAACAGAGCAGAUUUCCAAUCAGACUACAGAGCAUGGAAACACAAUAUUGAUGGCCCAGCUAGAAAGGUGCGUAAGUCUCUCGUCCUGGACCCCUGGGGGAAAGACUGCCUCAACGUCCAACUCUUUCAAGAGCAGCUCAACAACGCACAAGUGCCAGAUGACGGUCUACUUACGGGCUCUUCACUGGUCACCCCAAUCCCUGAGCAAGAGGAGUGUAGCCGUUCUUUGACGUCUGGGCAAGAGGAGCCGUCAUUAGUCCCCGUUCAUCCUCGAUGCUUUACCAGCCCCCGGAUGAAGAAGCUUCUUGCCUCCCACAAAGCACCAAAACACGCCGCUGUACAGGUGAGUGAUUGGGAAGCAGUGGUUUAUGGGAAGACAGAGGACCAGCUGAUCAUGACAGAACAGGCCCGUCAGUACCUGAACCCCUACAUGUCCUCUGGCUCUACCUCAAGAGCCCUUGUGCUUUAAAGCCGUCCCCUCGCUGUGCAGGCAACACUACUACACCCGUCCAACAACUAAAACCUCCACUGAAUCCCGUAAGAGACAAUCCAGUGAAGACAAAUGAUUUUAUAUUUCUUUUGAAGCAGAAAUGCACUGCCAAGGAUGUCCACAAAAAGGCAUGGCUGCUGGUAUUGUUUUCAACACGCAUCUAGGUCACUGCCCAAGUAGUUUCUUACUUAUAGGUUUGGCCUGUAUUUCCUUUGUAUACACACAACCUGGUGAGCAGUUUUGUACAGAUAUGAAAAGGCUAGAAUUUUUUUCUGCACUAGUUAAUAAUGUUGAAACAACCUGCACAUACAGUAGGCUGUAGAAAUAGUGCAUAUUACUAGCAGUGGCUGCUUCCGAGUUUUAUAUUGUUAAUAUAUUGUUUAAAUGACAAAAAAAAUACAUUUUAUGAUGUAACGCUACUCAUUGUGUAUCUCCCCCAGCUUGUUUUUGCUAAACUGCCCCCUUACUGCUGUCAGAUAAAAACCACGUACGUGAAAAUCUUUUAGCUUACACCAAUGAUACCAAUGUAUUUUUAAAAUCACACACAUACAGUACAAUUAUAAUCUUAAUCAUUCCUUUGCAAUUAGAGAAACAAAAAUGCUGUUACGUGGUUUUUUGAGACAGCAGAGUUGCAUUGCUGAAUGCUAUGGAAGCCCGUUUCUGCCAGUAGCGGGGAAAAAGUGAGAUCAAAACUUGUGCGAUGUGAUGGAAAAGAAAAAAAUCCUGUAAGUAAGACUGCCAAUCUGAUGCGACUCAGACAGAAAUUAUAUUCACACACAAGUAAAUUUAAGUAAGUAAGUAAGUACAUUUAGUCAGUUAUAUUUAAUAAAGUUCUUAAAGGGUAUAACACAGUAACACAAAGCUGAAAGUCUGAACCAAGACUGCUAUUACAGCUUCACUCCUUCCAUUCUUACCUUUCACAAUAAAAGCCCUAGAAAUUUUCUGCAUCACCGUUUACUAGAAGGAACUUAUAUUAUACUCAGAACAAUUUGCUAAGAGUAAUCAGCAACAUAGAUUACCAUAUUACAUUUUUUUAUUAACCUUGCGUUCAAUCACAUUUAAUCAAGUUAUGUCAAUUCAGUCUAAUGAAAGAGCUGCAAGUAACACUUACUAACUUGCUAUCAGAUUACUAGACUAGUCAUUUAUUUAAGAUACUUAGUCAUUAUUUUACAUUAGAAUGACUUACAGGAUCAAUUAUUUUCCUAUCACCCUGGUAGAAAUGUGCUUCCAUAGACUGCCGAUCCAUUGCGAUGUGACGUUUAUGAGGAUGGAAAUAAGAAACUGUCAGUAUUGCACUACUGAGUUGAUUUAGCUGCUGAGAAAGGAGCAGUGUUUUUAAGGGCAAACUGGAUAGCACUUGUGAUGGUAUCUUUUUUCUUUUUUCUUUUUUUUAACAACACGUUUCCUUUCCAAGGCCAUAGUGUCUGUCGAGACAUCGGUUGAAUGUAUUACAUUGCAAUGUACAUGUGAACCUCAAAAAUGGAAGGGUACCUUAAUGUUUAUUUCUGUUUGUUUUAUUUAUUAUCUGACAGCUCUAAAGCUUAGAUAUUAAUAUAAAUCGGACACCAUGAGUUUUUAAGAAGUUUAACAUUGCUGACAAAACAGCCUAAAAACCGUCACUUGCUCUAAAACAGUUCUCUCUGUAACAGAAAAUGAAUGGUCACCAUUGCUUCGAUACUGACCAGUUCUCAUAUCAUCAGUGUUCUACAACAAGCAUUUGGUCCACAAGGAUUUACUUUUUAUGUGAAGGCUGUAGGUUUUAUUUAUUUAAUGUCUACUAAUUUAU